UCUCAAUACGCCGAGCCAGUUCUCGUAAGCCUAACCCUCUCAUUUCAGUUCAAGCUUUCAUCAUCAUCAAUCAUCAUCUUCUUCUUCUAGUUAUUAGCAGAGCUAAGUUCAGAGCUAUGCAAAUUACAGAACGAUCACCCAUCCAUGUCUAGUUUCUUUCGAGUUUAUUGUACUCUAGGGACCGUACGUCAGGCUUAACUACACGACCUCUUGUCUCUCAAACUAUUAUCCUCUACAUAUACACAUAUAUUCUAUUAACUUUUCUGCUGUUGGGUCUUUUUCGUAUUCAUCUCUUUGUAUUUUUCUCGUUUCUAGUUAUACAUGAUACAAUAUAUAAAUAUAUAUAAAUCGACCUAUAUCUAUUUUCCCCUGGCCUCCAGAUAAUCAAACCUUUUUCUCUGCGUCAUUUUCUCUCUUAUUUCUGUUUGUUUCCUUCUGGUUUUGAUCCUUAUUUCUUUCCCACCUGAAAGAAAAACAAAAGAAGAUGGUGACUUUAACAUCUGCUCGCAACACCGAAGCAUUUUCUCCAUACAUGACCAACCACGAGAAACGGAUCCAGAUGGGAAAAAAGAAAGAAGAAGACGAGGAAAUUGGAGUUUUCCGAGCUGAAAAAUACUUCAAUGGAGUAAUCGACGACGACACCAGCUCAAGAAUUUCAAGCAUUAGUUCUGUAAGAAGCUAUAACCAUCCUUACAAGAAUGGUGACCGUCAAAUUCAAAGAGUCCCUGAUAUUGACCAAAUUCGAUCAAAGGUUCAUCCCAGAACUCCUAGCGCUCGUUCCGAAUCGAGCUGGAAUAGUCGAAGCGUGUUACUUCAAAGUACUGCCCUGAAAAACUCUUCACGGAGUAAAUCGAGUAAGAUGAAUGGAAUGAAGUUUCUCGCUAGUUUGGGCUGUAAAUGUUCUUGCUCGGAUAAAAACUCUGUUGAUACUAAAGACGUUGGUGAAAUCAGCUUUAGUAAGAGUGGAACUAGCACUAAUCCCAGUUGUGGAGCUGCCAUUCUAAAACCCAACUCGGUGUCUUCUGUUAGACCGAGUAUGGACCUUGCUGAUGCCAUUAACCAAAUGAACAGAACACCCAGAAUCGAAAAGGCGGGAUCUGCUUUUCCCAGCCGAGAAGGUUCUUCCAGCUUCCGAAGCACAAAAUCCCCAUCUGGGUUAAUGAGAAAUGUUCCUCCGGUGAAGAGCCCAUUUCUGGGCAGACCGGAGAUUCUCUGUAAGUCGCCAGAGGUUUUCGGUUCUUCUUCUUCGCCGGCGUUGGAGAAAGGGAACAAGACUAUGAGCUUUGAGAGGAGGAUAACGAUGAUGUCUUGGGACCACGCUACGUCUAGGCCGAAUGAAAUCGUCUCCAGCGUGGUGAACUCCGCAGCCGGCGGAAUAAACCACCACGAUUCCGGUAGCGACGCCAGCUCGGACUUGUUCGAGAUAGACAGUCUAACGGGUAAAACGAACCCGUUUCGAGCUCGCCGGCUGUCGGACGACACCGCCUCCGGUUGCAUGACCCCAACGCAUGGUUAUGCGCCUAGUGAGGCUAGCAUUCAGUGGAGCGUGGUAACGGCCAGCGCGGCUGAUUUCUCGGUUUUGUCGGAUUGUGAAGAAACGACAACGAUUAGGCCUCAAACGACAUCGAAAAAGAUGCCGUCUGCCAAAGCAAGAAUAUUGGACGCAGAGGUUAUGCAUAGACGGCGUUCAAGCACUAGUGCCCUUUUGGGAUGCAAGAAUCAUAAAGCCGUAAACGUCGCCGGAGAUGCUUAUAUGGAUAGUCCGAAGAUCAAUUACGACGCCGGUCUUAUGCGUUACAGGUCAGAUUCUCCGGCGAGUUUUCAAACUGAGGUUAAUAAGUUCACAGACUUUAACUCUAGAGUUGGGCACCAUUCUCUUUCCACUCAAUCACCGAUCCCUCGUUUACACUCGCCACGCAAUUCACAUCUGCUAUAUAUUCAGUAAUAUAUCUAUAUCAUAUAUAUGUGUGUGUGUGCAUCAAUCUUCAGAAGUUAUGGUACUCAUGAGUAUAUCUUCUUAAAGGGUGGUGCAGCACCCACUUGAAAAGCUUCUGAUAUUGUAUUCUUUUUUGUUUACUUGUAAUAUUACCUCUGUUCUGAUCUUGAAGAGAUUUAUUUUCUUGUAUACUUUUUCGAAAGUAGAAAUGUAACUUGGAGGAAAAUACAUGUUUAAUGUUAAAUCAAUGUAUUCCAUCUGGCUUUUCAUGCAGAAGCA